AUGACUGACAGCAAUAGUCCCCAGGUUUGUCCAGAAGCUGCGGCACGCCCAGAAGAGUCAGAUGAGAGAUUGAAGACCCUCAAAUAUCAUCUACUAGGCCCUUCGUUGACCAAAGCUGGCCAGGAGAAAGUGGACCAAAAUAAAGUUUCAGAAAUUAUUUACAAUGCAUCCAAAGGCUCCAAAUUCUUCAAUCAGGAAGAGAUCAGAGACCAAGCCUUGACCCAAAAGAUCGAGAAAAUUCUCGUGACAAAGCGUCAGCUUGAACAGCAAGACCUCACCCAGGAACUCCGAAAUGCAGAUCGCGUCAUCCACGAGCUUGAGCUGUCGAGAGACCUUACUCAACACAUUGUUCACGUUGACUGCGAUGCCUUUUAUGCAGCUGUAGAACAACUGGAGCAUCCUGAGCUCAAAGACGUACCGUUUGCGGUUGGCGGGGGUGUGUUGACGACUUGCAACUAUAUCGCCAGACAGUUUGGGUGUCGAUCCGGCAUGGCUGGUUUCGUGGCAAAACAAUUGUGUCCUUCUUUGAUUCUCAUCAAGCCAAAUUUCCAAAAAUACACUGCCAAAGCCCAGGAGAUUCGAGAGAUUCUUGCCGAUUACGACCCGCGGUUUGAAAGCGCGAGUAUAGAUGAAGCCUAUCUAAACAUAACCGAGUACUGUCACGACAGAAAUGUCAUUCCGUCUGAGGUCAUUGAGCAGAUGAGACGAGAAAUUCACCAGAAAACGGCUAUAACAGUAUCAGCUGGCAUUGCUGCAAACACAAAGCUUGCGAAGAUUUGCUCAAACAUGAACAAACCGAAUGGCCAGUAUGAGCUACCAUCCGACCGUACAUCUAUCAUGGCUUUCAUGAGGGGCUUGCCGACAAGAAAAGUCAAUGGUAUCGGCCGCGUCCUUGAACGUGAGCUUUUGGAACUCGGCGUGAGAACCUGUGGUGAGAUAUACGAACAUAGGAAAUAUCUCAGUUUAUUGUUUGGGGACAAGACUUUCGAAUUUUUGAUCAGCUGUUACCUUGGACUUGGUCGCACCAGGGUCCAACCCGCCGAGGAUUAUGAUCGAAAAAGUAUCGGAACGGAAAGCACGUUUCGCGAGAUGUCUGAUUCGGCGAAGUUAAGGGAGAAGUUGCGAUGGACAGCAGAGGAACUAGAGAAAGAUAUGGAGCGAGCCCAUUGUAAAGGCCGAACCCUCUGUUUGAAGAUCAAGUUACACACGUUCGAAGUCCUUACACGACAGGCUGUAAUGCCACGGGCUAUAUGUUCCGCCGAUGACCUAUAUCACUUUUCUUUGCCGAUACUGGCCAAGCUCGAGCAAGAGAUCCCAGGUUUGAAACUAAGACUGAUGGGACUGCGAUGCACGCAUCUUGUGAGCACCAAAAAGCCAGAUACGAUGGCUUUCUUUGGUCUAAGGGUCAAGUAA